AUGGGCAAACAGAACAGCAAGCUGAAGCCUGAAGUCUUGGAGGACCUUCGCCAUCAGACACAGUUCACAGAGGAGGAGCUGCAGGAGUGGUACAAGGGCUUCCUCAAGGACUGUCCCACCGGACAUCUGUCUGUGGAGGAGUUUAAGAAGAUCUACGGCAACUUCUUUCCUUAUGGGGACGCCUCCCGGUUUGCUGAGCAUGUGUUUCGUACAUUUGACACCAAUGGUGAUGGGUCCAUAGACUUUCGGGAGUUUAUCUGUGCUCUAAGCGUAACCUCUCGAGGCAAGCUGGAGCAAAAGCUUCGCUGGGCAUUCAGUAUGUACGAUCUGGAUGGCAACGGGUACAUCUCCAGACAGGAGAUGUUAGAGAUAGUCACGGCAAUAUACAAAAUGGUCGGCACAGUCAUGAAGAUGCCAGAUGACGAGUCCACGCCCGAGAAACGCACAGACAAAAUCUUCCGCCAAAUGGACAAGAACCUGGAUGGAAAGCUCUCUAUAGACGAAUUUAUCGAAGGAGCCAAAAGUGACCCAUCUAUAGUCCGCCUGCUGCAAUGUGAUCCCCAGGCUGCAGCCCAGAGUUGA